AUGGCCAACCUCGAGAACACCAAGAAGACUUACACCCUCAACACUGGGGACAAGAUCCCCGCCAUUGGUCUUGGAACAUGGCAGUCCAAGCCCAACGAGGUCCGAGAGGCCGUUAAGAACGCUCUGCUGAAGGGCUACCGUCACAUUGACACUGCGCUUGCUUAUGGCAACGAGCACGAGGUUGGAGAAGGUAUCCGCGACUCUGGAGUCCCCCGCGAAGAAAUCUGGAUCACCACAAAGCUCGACAACCCCUGGCACCACCGCGUGCCCGAGGGAAUUGACUCCUCCCUUAAGAGCUUGGGCGUCGACUAUGUUGAUCUCUACCUUGUGCACUGGCCCAGCUCGACCGACCCUAAUGACCUGAAGAAGCAUCUCCCCGACUGGGACUUUAUUAAGACAUGGCAAGAGAUGCAGAAGCUCCCGGCCACCGGUAAGGUCCGCAAUAUCGGUGUCUCAAACUUUGGAAUCCGCAACCUCGAGAAACUCCUCAACGACCCCAGCACCAAGAUCGUCCCCGCCGUCAACCAGAUUGAACUGCACCCCAACAACCCCUCCCCCAAGCUGGUCGCUUAUAACACAUCCAAGGGCAUCCACUCCACUGGAUACUCAUGCCUCGGAUCCACCAACUCUCCCCUCUACAAGGACCAGACCCUUCUCCAGCUGGCUGAGAAGAAGGGCAAGACUCCUCAACAAGUGCUCCUCGCGUGGGGUUUGCAAAAGGGCUGGAGUGUCAUCCCCAAGUCCGUCAGCAAGUCUCGCAUUGACGCCAACUUUGAGCUUGAUGGCUGGAGCUUGACCGACGAGGAGGUUAACCAGCUGGACAACUUGAAGGAUCGCUUCAAGGUCUGCGGUGAUGACUGGCUCCCUAUCAAGGUCUUCUUCGGUGAUGAUGAGUAG